AUGGGUGAUAUUGUUGCUACGACACGAAGAGAUAAAGAUGGUGGAGGACUUUCAACGAUCAAGUGUCCUAUGCUCACCGCAACAAACUAUACAGUAUGGUCUAUGAGGAUGAAGAUUACGCUACGAAUACAUAAAGUUUGGGAAGUUGUCGAAGCUGAUUCGAAGAAUGGUGAGAAGAACGACAUGGCGCUAGGACUGUUGUUCCAAUCAAUUCCCGAGAGUCUUAUCUUACAAGUUGGAGAACUUGAGACGGCGAAAAAGGUGUGGGAAGCAAUCAAGACGAGACAUGUAGGGGCUGAAAGAGUAAAAGAGGCUUGGCUACAAACACUUAUGACCGAGUUCGGUCGGUUAAAGAUGAAAGACUCAAAGAGUAUUGAUGAUUUUGGAGGCAAAUUGUCCGAGCUAGCUUCAAAAUCAGCUGCAUUGGGUGUAACAAUCGAAGAAGCUAAGUUGGUUAAAAAGUUUCUCAUGAGUCUUCCACAGAAGAAGACGUUUAAAAGCAUACGAGGAGUCGCCGAGGAAGAAGAGGUUAAUGAGGAUCAAAGCAAGUUGAUGUAUGUGGAUGGACAAGCAAAUCGAUAUCAACAAGAUCAAACAAACCAAUAUCAGCACGAGCAAGCUAACCGUGAUUAUAAUGCCGACCAAUACAGAGGUAGAGGCAGAGGAGGUCGUUUCAACAGAGGAAGGGGUCGCGGACGUUAUAAUGGAGGAAGAGGUGACUAUAAUGGAGGUAGAGGCGAUGGAGGAAGAGAUGCAUCAUGCAUCACUUGUUUUCGUUGCGAUAAAAUAGGUCACUUCGCGAUGCAUUGCCCGGACCGCUUGUUGAAACUACAAGAAGCGCAAGAGACUGAUAAUACAUCAACACAAGAAGCUGAUGAGCUCAUGAUGCAUGAAGUGGUGUUCUUAAAGAGAAGAACAUAA